UGCUAUUCAAAAAAUGGGUUUGCUUGAGGUCGUUUAGUACAUGCAAAUCUCCACAGUCAUCGAACUAGAUACUGAGAAAUAAGGUGUACACUUUGAACCUGAAACCAUGGCAGGUGGUGGAUUUGGCGCCGCAUCAGGAGGAGGAGACGUUGAAGCAAAGAUCAUGCCUCCAGUGAUCAUUUCUUUCAUAAUGACCGCUAGCGGAGGCCUCAUGAUCGGUUAUGAUGUUGGUAUUUCAGGGGGUGUUACAUCAAUGCCUCAUUUCCUGAAGGAAUUAUUUCCGGUUGUGUAUAAGAAGACUCAAGACCCUGGACUCGAGAGCAACUACUGCAAAUACAAUAAUCAAGGCUUGCAAUUGUUCACAUCUUCCUUGUACCUCGCUGCUUUAAUCUCAACCUUCUUUGCAUCCUACAUGACACGAGCGCUGGGCCGAAAGCUAACCAUGUUCGUUGCCGGCAUUUUAUCCAUGGCCGGAACAGUUUUUAAUGCUGCAGCUGUUAACCUUGCCAUGCUUAUCAUUGGGAGGAUCUUGCUUGGUUGUGGAGUUGGUUUUGCUAACCGGGUCGUGCUGCUUUUCCAUUCGGAGAUUGCACCCACAAGAAUUCGAGGGGCACUUUACACACUCUUCCGGCUAAAUAACGCUAUUGGCAUUCUUUUUGCAAAUCUUAUAAAUUAUAGAACUAACAAAAUUACAGAGGGAUAUGGAUGGAGGGUGUCACUAGGUUUGGCUGCCAUUCCAGCAUGUUUGCUAACUGUUGGGUCUCUCAUUGUGGCUGACACUCCUAACAGUUUGAUCGAACCAGGUAAGUUGGAGGAAGGAAAAGCAGUUCUUAAAAGGAUUAGGGGUGUUGACAAUGUGGAUCCAGAAUUCUUAGAGAUUGUCGAGGCAAGUCAUGUGGCAAAAGAAAUGAAACAUCCUUUCAGAAACCUCCUUAAGCGUAGGAACAGGCCUCAAUUGGUCAUUGCAAUUUGGAUGCAGAUUUUCCAGCAAUUCACUGGUAUUAACGCAAUCAUGUUCUACGCUCCAGUUUUGUUCCAUACCUUGGGAUUAAAGAGUGAUGCUUCCCUCUACUCAGUUGUUAUCACAGGAGCUGUCAAUGUCCUCUCAACCAUUGUAUCAAUAUAUUUUGUCGACAGAGCUGGUCGUCGUGUUCUAUUGUUAGAAGCUAGUUUCCAAAUGUUCCAGUGUCAAUUGGUGGUUGCAAUAAUAAUGGGACACAACUUGAAGGAUCACUCUAACAACCUCGACCAUGGCUUGGCAAUUCUUGUGGUGUUUAUGGUUUGCAGUUUUGUUUUCUCCUUCGGGUGGUCUUUGGGACCUCUCGGGUGGUUGAUCCCUAGCGAGAUGCUCCCAUUAGAGGCCCACUCAGCCUGCCAGAGUGUGGCUGUCUGUACCAACAUGCUUUUCACCUUUAUCAUAGCACAGGCCUUCCUCUCAAUGCUUUGCAACAUGAAGUUUGGCAUUUUCCUCUUCUUCACAUUUUGGGUCUUUGUCAUGACAACUUUCGUUGUGGUCUUAAUUCCUGAGACCAAGGGUGUCCCUAUUGAAGAGAUGACAGAAAGAGUUCUUAAGCAACACUGGUUUUGGGAGCGAUACUUUGAAGAUAAUCCUAAGGGCAAGUUGCAUGCCUUGAACUAUCUUACCUCCUCCUAUCUCGAUCUGAAGCUUAGGAUUUCUUCUUUAAUUUUUGAGAGGGCACUUACCAAAUGCAGUGAUGCACUCUUCUCUUGGAUUGCAUUAUUUCCAAUGAAAAUUAUUCCUGCUACCUCUCAUGCAUUUUAUUCUUUUUCAAUCUCGUUUAUCAAUUCAGUUGUCAAAGCUGUCCUUAAUUGUAUGUAG